CAUUGUGUUCUUUCCCACCACUUAUAGAUACAAAAUUUGGAGUUUCUUUAAACUGUGGCCCCUCGAUGACUUGACACAUGAAAUUGGUCCGCCUGAACAUGGCUACCGCUGGCAGGGGUCUCCGGCAACAACAAACCUUUCAUCACAAUGCUUUGCAAUCCUUGUUCAGAACGUUUUCACACAAUAUCGUGUUUUGGAAUGAUGCUCAUUCUGGUCCUGGAUUUCAACGCUGCAAUGACCUUAAGCCCUCACAAAAUCUUAGUGAUCCCAAAACCUUAAACAAUAAAAACCACAAAAAAUCCUCCAAUGAGUCCCCUGGCCAGUCCCCAUGGUCCUUGGAAUCAAAAGAUAAAGCCCCCAUUAUAUCAUCUUUGCCAUUCGAUUUUCAAUACAGUUAUUCGGAAUCAAACCCCAACAUUGCUCCAAUAGGUUUCCGUGAGAAGAAAUUUUCCCCGUUUGGGCCUGGUAGAAUUGACAGGUCAUGGACAGGCUGGUCCGCUCCUGCACCUGCACCGUUCAAAGACAAUGCAGAUGAAUACAAGAAGCGUCGACAAGAAAUUCUCGGCGAGCCGCUCACCGAAGCGGAAAUUGGGGAGCUUGUGGAGAGAUAUAGCCGUGGAAACUGUGAUAGCCAAAUUAAUCUCGGCCGUGGGGGUGUAACUCACAAUAUGCUAGUUGAUAUACACAACCACUGGAAACGUGCAGAGGCUGUGAGAAUAAAGUGCCUUGGUGUACCAACUAUUGAUAUGGAUAAUGUCUGUUUUCACCUUGAGGACAAAACUGGUGGGAAGAUAAUUUCUCGCAGGACUAACAUUCUUAUACUGUAUAGAGGUAGGCAUUAUGACCCCAAACAAAGGCCUGUUAUUCCUCUAAUGUUAUGGAGACCUCAUGAGCCCAUUUAUCCGAGAUUGAUCAACAAUGUUGUUGAUGGUUUAACAUUUGAAGAAACCAAGGACUUAAGAAAUAGAGGUCUGAAUGCACCAGCUUUGACAAAGCUUACACAAAAUGGUUGCUAUGUACGUCUUGUGCAGAAAGUAAGAGACGCUUUUGUGCAGAAUGAAGUUUUAAGGAUAGAUUGUACAGGCAUGGAAACAAGUGAUUAUAAGAAGAUUGGUGUAAAGAUUAGGGAUUUAGUACCAUGCGUCCUCCUUAUUUUCUUGGAUCAACAAAUUGUUAUCUGGAGGGGCAAGAAUUACGACAGUACAAAAGCUUUUCCCAGUGAGUCAUUGUCAGGUAUUCUUUCCGAGGGUUUAAACAUUUCUUGAAGAAUGCUAAAAGCACUUUUGGUGUCAUUGGAAAAAUCUCUAAUCGUCAGAUAAAACCAGAUUGACGAAUACCAUUUUAGUCCUCUUCUAAUCGAAUAAAGGACUGCAAACUUCACGGUGUUUAAUCUCAUUUGCCACAAAUCUUCAUGUUGCCAUGUAAGCUUGUGGUUCUCGAAUAUGUGAAGUGCAUUUUGCAUACGAAGGUCCAACGUUUGAAGCUUUUAACUGCAUGCUUUCCUUUGUCAGACUAACAAUGGACUUUAGAUCACAAGAUUGAAUCAGAUCCCAAAACUGAUUGUUUACAGUGCAAAAUGCAAGCAAUGAUGUCAACAAAAUUCCCUUGAUGCCAUAACAAAUUCCGAGCGACACUUCUAAAUUUAAAAAAGACACUACCGUUUUGUGCAGAUGGUGGUAUAAGAAACGUUGAGCAAUUGUACAUUUAUAAAGAGUUGAUUCUGUCACACUUAUCAUGAAGUGCUUAGGUUGGUAGAGUAGCUAACAUUUUGUAGCAUUCUGGAAGGGAAGAUCCUCAUUUCCAUGAGUAUUGGCUAAAAUCACACCAUGUACUAGCAGCAGAAGCCAAUAAUAUUUUGAACAUGUUGUGCAAUAUGUGCACUUUUUGUGCAUUGGUGGAACAACUUGUAUACAACUAUAGAUAUUCUCUGUCCACGCGCUAGGUUUUAUAAAAUUUCAUCAGUGGACAUUGAUGACUUUGGAAGUGAAUAUUAUACAUAAGUAUAAGAAGGUUCUAUAGCUUUGCUAAUAUCAUUAAGUGAAUAACAUUGAUAAUCAUUUGAAUUA